AUGGAGUGGUGGAAGUUAGUGGUCAUAGCUGCUCAGAUAUUGAGGGCUUUAGCUGACAACAGCCAUGGCCUCCAAGAACUUCCAGAGGUACAAUGUGGGGAGGAGAACAUGCAGAUCAUUGUGCCCCAGCACCUGAAGCAAGAUUCCAAGAUGAAGGUUUUAAACCAUGAUUCUCCAAUUCCAAGCCAGUGUGAUUCCGUCUUAAGGCUGGACAGACUGAGCUGUACAAGUUCUCAGGACUCGUGUGAAACUAUGGGCUGCUGCUACGAUCCUGCUGACAGUUUUACUCCAUGCUACUAUGGAAACAAAGUGACUGCCCGCUGUACAUCAGACGGCCUCUUCUCCAUUGCCCUUCCAAACACCUUGACUGUGCCCCCGCUGAACCUGACAUCUGUGCGACUGCUCCAAAAUGGCGGCCCAGAAUGUAAUCCAACAGCUAGCAAUGGCUAUUUCCUCCUCUACCAGUUCCCAAUUUCUGCUUGUGGAACCACCUACAAGCUGGUUGGGGACCAGGCGGUGUAUGAGAACCAGCUAGUGGCAUCCAAAACCUUGAGGACCUGGAACAGUAUAGCAAUUACCAGAGACUCCACCUUCAGAUUAUUGGUUCGCUGUAGCUUUGCAGUUAGCGGCUUACUCCCAUUGAAAGUGGAUGUAGUGACCCUACCACCCCCACCACCUGUGUCAAGUAUAGGACCUAUUAACUUUGAAUUGAGAAUCAGUUUAGAUUCCAGCUACAUCACUUAUUAUACAGGCUCUGAUUAUCCAGUGGUAAAAGUCCUGAGGGAUCCAGUGUAUGUGGAGGUCAGAAUCUUGCAGAGAAGGGACCCGAAUCUUGUCCUUGUCCUACACCAGUGCUGGUCCACGCCAUCUCCUGACCCUCUGAGCAGCAUCCAGUGGCCAAUACUUAAUGAUGGGUGUCCAUUCACUGGUGACAACUACAUGUCUGAUGUGAUUCCUGUAGCUCCAGGUUCUGCUUUACCUUUCCCUUCUUACUACUCGCGGUUUGAUGUGAAGACUUUUACCUUUGUGGAUCAGAACACAGAGAUGCCUCUUGCAGGACAGGUAUACAUUCACUGCAGCGCUUCUGCCUGUGUCCCCUCUCCAAGUGACAACUGCGCUACCGUGUGUAACAGACGUAAAAGAUCUGUCUAUAUGUUGAGCAAUAAGAGUGAUGUGGUGCUGGUGUCAUCAGAUGUUCCCAUCUACUUUGACAACUCUCUGCCAGAGAUGCAGAAUGACAGGGAAGACAUCUACGGAUUCAGAAUUUCCCAGCCGCAGGCUCUGAUAAACGGAGCAGCCAUAGCCAUGGGGUUUGUGGCAGUAGUUCUUCUGACCCUGACGACUUGGGCCCUGCAGAGACAACGGAAAUCCAGGUCUCUGCUGAUCAGCAAGUUACCUGUGACAGAAAAGACUGUAAAUAUCAAGACCAUCUUCAGUUAA